GGCGCAGCGCGGGCCAAGAUGGCGGGCGGGGGCUGGUCGCGCUGGCUCGGGGCUGCGGCCGCCGCCGGGAGCCGCGGGCCCGGGGAGCGGCGGCUGCCGCUGCUCUGGCUGCUGCGGGGGCUCAGCCUCCCGCCGCCUCGGCCCGCCGCCUCCGCCGCCCGCCGCCUCCUGCCGCUGUGCGCCGGGCUCUGCGUCGUGGGGACGAAGCGCGUUGCCGCCGCCUCCUUCCACAGCAGCUCCGCGGCCCGCGCCAAGGAGGAUUAUUACCAGGUGCUGGGGGUGCCCCGCACCGCCAGCCAGAAGGAGAUCAAGAAGGCCUAUUACCAGCUGGCAAAGAAGUACCACCCUGACACAAAUAAGGAUGACCCUAAAGCUAAGGAGAAGUUCUCUCAGCUGGCAGAAGCCUAUGAGGUGCUCAGUGACGAGGUGAAGCGCAAGCAGUACGACGCCUACGGCACCGCCAGCUUCGAGGCGGGCGCGGGCGGCGCGGGCGCGGGGCGGCAGUACUGGAGCACUGGCCCUUCCAUUGAUCCCGAGGAGCUGUUCCGGAAAAUCUUCGGGGAAUUUUCGGGAUCCCCUUUCGGUGACUUUCAGAACGUCUUUGACCAGCCCCAGGAGUACAUCAUGGAGCUGACCUUCACCCAGGCUGCCAAAGGUGUCAACAAGGAGAUUGUGGUGAACAUCAGUGACUCCUGUGAGCGAUGCCACGGCAAGGGACACGAGCCUGGGACCAAAGCGCAGCGCUGCCACUACUGCAACGGCACCGGCAUGGAGACGAUAAACACGGGCCCGUUCGUCAUGCGCUCCACGUGCCGGCGCUGCGGCGGGCGCGGCUCCAUCAUCACCACUCCCUGCGUCCUGUGCCGAGGAACGGGGCAGACCAAGCAGAAGAAGACAGUGAUGGUUCCCGUGCCAGCUGGUGUUGAGGACGGGCAGACAGUUCGGAUGCCUGUGGGGAAGAAAGAGAUUUUCAUUACAUUCAGGGUUCAGAAGAGUUCUGUGUUCAGAAGAAAUGGAGCAGAUAUCCACUCAGACCUCCUCAUUUCCAUAGCACAGGCUGUUCUGGGAGGCACAGCCAGAUGUCAAGGCUUGUAUGAGACAAUCAACAUCACGAUACCUCCUGGUAUUCAGCCAGACCAGAAGAUCCGAAUGAGUGGGAAAGGCAUUCCCAAAGUUAACAGCUAUGGCUAUGGAGACCACUACAUUCACAUAAAGAUCAAAGUUCCUCAGAGGCUGACGGAUCGCCAGAGAGCCCUGAUGAUGAGCUACGCCGAGGACGAGGCCGACGUGGACGGGACGGUGAACGGGGUCACAAGCACAGCAUCAGGUGGCAGGGCCAAGGCUAGGCCUGACGCAGGGGAUAGGCCUGAGGCUGAGGAGAACAAGGAGGGAUUCCUUUCCAAACUUAAGAAAAUGUUUAGCUCCUGACACCCCAUCUGAGGGAAGCGUUCGACUGGAAGCUAAGAGCCAGCAACUCAUCAGGGAUGAAUCCUCCUGGCAGCAGGCUCUGGAGAGUGACCGAGGUCAGCCAGCAGCACAGUGAGAAUCCCAGCUGGAGAGGCUACAACCCACUGAGGCACCAGCAGUCAGCACCUGCCAUCCUGGGAGAGGGUAAUGAAGGGAAACGCCAGCUUUGUGGAAAUGCUGCUGUGGCUUGAGGUUGUUCCACAGUCCCUCCUGCUGCUGGAAGCUCAUUUGGUAAAAAUGUCAAGUUGAAAUCUCAUUUUAGAAUCCAAAACAGUGGGAAUGUGAAAUCAAACUUGACCUUCCAGCACAGAGUGGUGCAGCUGGUGGAGCCCAAGAUGGCUGCUGCUCACUCAGGUGCCCUCCUGAAUGCUAGAUCUGCUUGGUGAGUGUGUCACCCCCAGCUUCUCCCAGAGACUUGGUGGGGCAGUGAGUUUUAACCCUGCCUUCAUGGCAGCCCUCCUGGCUGUCCCACACAUCUCCAAGUGGGAAGUCUCCCUGUGGCUGGGACUGCUCAGAGCCCAGCUGCCCUGGGGUUUCUUAGUCCUGCUGAUUUCCUGCACCAAGAGCAGUGAUGGAGUCUGCACUUUGCCUCAGGUUUCCCUCCCCACAUUAACUACAGUUACAACACAAAUGCUGUGCUUCUGAAGGGGUACAAGGUAACCACCCAGCUCUUUCUCAGUUGGGGGACAAAGUCUUUUAUUACAUUAGUGCAACACCUGUAGCAUAAAGGAAUGGUCAGAGUGUCUUUGCUCUACACCUGUGAGAACACAAGUGCAGUGGCUCUCCUGCCAGCUGGAGUUGAGCUCUUGCAGUGAGUGUUCCAUGGUUCCUGUUGCUGCUGGUGGUAGUUCCACCCUGCAGGCUCUGCCAGCCCACAGACUGACUGACCAGCUGAACAAGGACAUGUCCUAGUCUUGCCCUCCUUAAUUUGCUGAAAUAAAAGCACUCGUUGCCUCCUGA